AAAUGUGGCAAGCUUGACAAACAAAAUAACAAAACCGAGUCCUUCCCUUUAUUAAUAUCUGCUCCCUCUCCAACUCUCAACUCACCGGCACCGGCGACAAAUAUGAAUUGACCAAAUUGCCCCUCUUCUACUACAACAACAAACCCACAAAAUCGAAGGACUAGUUGGUAAUUUCGUAUGGGCGCAUCAUUGUCGAACUUAACGGAGAACGAAUCGACGGGACCAGGACUCGGUGACAUACCGGAAAAUUGCGUGGCAUGCGUUUUUAUGUACCUUACCCCACCGGAAAUUUGUAAUUUAGCUAGGCUUAACCGCGCGUUUCGUGGGGCCGCAUCUUCUGACGCCGUUUGGAAUUCUAAACUUCCGUCCAAUUACCACUACCUGCUCGACCUUUUGCCUCUGAGGGAAAAAAUAAACGAGGGUCUUUCUAAGAAAGACAUCUUUGCUCUCCUAUCUCGUCCUGUUCCAUUUGAUGAUGGCAAUAAGGAAGUAUGGUUGGAUAGAAUUAGUGGAAGGAUUUGCAUGUCUAUCUCGACGAAAGCAAUGCUGAUAACUGGUGUUGAAGACAGGAGACAUUGGAACUGGUUUCCCACAGAAGAGUCAAGGUUCCAUGUUGUGGCAUAUUGCCAGCAGGUAUGGUGGUUUGAAGUAAGCGGUUCAGUGAAGUUUCCAUUUCCGCCGGAUGUAUACAUGCUAACAUUCAGGGUCCACCUUGGGAAAUUUUACAAGAGACUUGGUCGACGUGUUAGCAGCUUUGAGCACACUCAUGGAUGGGAUUUAGGGCCAGUGCGAUAUGAACUGACUACAUCUGAUGGACAGCAUGCAGUGAGUGAGUACUUCAUUCAUGAUAUCGAGCAAGAUGAUGCAAAUGGAUAUAUAAAACGUGGCAACUGGAUAGAGUACAAGGUGGGUGAAUUUAUAGUCAGUAGGUCAGACCCUGCAACUGAAGUUAGAUUUUCAAUGAAACAGAUCGAUUGCACACAUUCCAAAGGUGGGCUUUGUGUAGAUUCUGUAUCAAUUGCCCCAAGUAAUCUGAAGGGGCGUCGACGAAAAGGGGUCUUGAAGUAUCAGUAAGUCAUCUCUUUCUAGUUUUACCUCUGCUCCCAGAAAGUUUCGGUUGGGGUUCCGUUAUAUGGCUUAUACUACCUCACAUUGGUAUCGUGGAGGAUAGUCAUCGUAAAAUUUUGCCUUAGGUAUUUUCCUCUGUACGUGUAAAUGUACUAUGUUGUAUGUGGUCCAGUUUUGUUGCAUAGAGUCUCUCAUCUGCGGAAGAUUAAGAAAAUAUACUUUGCUCGUCUGUCAUGAGAAAAGGUUCGACUUCUUUAACUUUCUUCAUGUACAUAUAAAUACUCUACAAAUUCUUUUCAAAAGUCUUUACUGCCACUUGUGUUUUCCGGUUUGCCUUCAGUGCUUGAAGUCUGCUUUGCUAGAAUCCGCCCUCCUUGUAAAGGGCACCCUGCUGA